UAGUCGGGGUAGGUGGUAGAUAUAAUAAGGCUAGUCAUAAAUGGCGUACUGCUGGAAUCGAUAUAAUAAUAAACCGUGCCCUAUCUCGAGGUAUCAUCGACUAAAAACACACACUCUUACAGACGCUUUGCGGGGGUUAUCUGAGAUCACAUAUAAAAAUGGUGAAGGGAGUUGCAGUUCUUAACAGCAGUGAGGGUGUUAGUGGCACCAUCCUCUUCGAACAAGAGACAGAAGGUGCUCCCACUACUGUAACUGGAAACCUUUCUGGCCUUAAACCUGGACCCCAUGGUUUCCAUGUUCAUGCACUUGGUGACACAACCAAUGGAUGCAUGUCAACUGGCCCUCAUUACAAUCCUCAUGGAAAGGAACAUGGUGCUCCAGAUGAUGAGGUUCGCCAUGCUGGCGAUCUUGGGAAUGUUACAGUAGGCGAAGAUGGUACUGCAAAAUUCACCAUUGUUGAUAAGCAGAUUCCACUAAUUGGAUCUCAAUCCAUCAUUGGAAGGGCUGUAGUUGUCCAUGCUGAUGCUGAUGAUCUUGGAAAGGGUGGCCAUGAGCUCAGCAAAAGCACUGGAAAUGCUGGUGGAAGGGUUGCAUGUGGUAUCAUUGGAUUACAAGCUUGAUUGUCUACUGCUCUCAUCUCCUAUUCCAGGGAAUACUGAGGCUUUCUUUCUUGAAAAAAAAAACCAUAUAAAAAUUAGAUGUAUCUCCAUACUUUCUCACUCUCUCCAUAAGUUAUGGUUGUGUCAUUGCUGCGUUGUUGUUCUCAAUAAAGUAUUCCCUGUGCUAUUUUAAUA